AAGGUGGCUACAAAAUAACAUCUUUUUCACAGAAAGCCACAAGCUAAUAAAAUCAGCGCUGUUUUGUUAUCACUUGGUCACCUAGCUAGCGGGCUAGUCAAUAGUUGUAAUCUCGCUAUAGUCGAUCAUCUGAUCAGAACAGCGAUGGACUGCUAUUGAACAUCAGAGAAUCUAGAUGUCUCAAAGAAGUGGACAAACUGCUGUAACGGAGCUAACGUUAGCCCAAUAUUGGACAUUUGUGACCCACUCCUGUUUGACAGGCUGGUCGUCAUGCCGGGGAGGAGCUGAGAGUAAAGCUUGCUGAAGUUUAAGAGAGCUUCUGCACCCUCUGAGCCCAGACAGACAGCAAGAGGGAAAAGGCUAAAGUGCAUACAGUGCGUGCCAAUGCAGCGACAGAGUCCAGACCUAGUGGAAGGAAGACUUCCCGUGUUUGUGUUUCCCACCGAGCUGGUUUUCUAUGCAGACACGCAGGCCUCACACAAGCAGGUGCUCACCCUCUACAACCCGUAUGAGUUUGCACUUAAGUUCAAAGUUAUGUGCACAGCACCAAACAAGUAUGCGGUAGUGGAUGCCACCGGGGCUGUUAGACCACAAUGCUGUGUAGACAUUGUAAUCCGUCACAGGGACGUGCGCGCCUGCCACUACGGCGUGAUCGACAAGUUCCGGCUGCAGGUGUCCGAGCAGAGCCAGCGGAAGGCUCUCGGACGGAAGGAUGUGAUGGCCACCCUGUUGCCAUCGGCGGCUCAGGCCCCGCCCCAGGCCCCGCCCCAGGAGGAGGAGCGAAGGAUGAAGGAGCAGCUGGCAGACAGUGUUUUCUUUGAGCAGCCCGCGAUCCAGACAGAGAGCCGUGCAGCAUCAGGGGGGCCCAGCCUGCUGACUGUCCUCCUGGGCUUGGUGUGUAUGGCUGCACUCAUGUUGCCUACUCUAGGGGAGCAGGAGUCCACAGUGCCUGUCUACCUCCACUUAAGUGUUAACAAGAAACUUGUAGCUGCUUACGUUUUAGGUCUUCUUACAAUGGUUAUCCUACGCACGUGAAUCGCUCCUGGGUGACAGCCUGUAACAGAGAGGAACUGAGAAGAGGGGAAAGACAUUUGCGCACCCAAAACGGUUGAAGGGAGAGGGCUGAGCACAGGCAUGCGCCAAAAUCAAACAGGCAGGCUACCCUCUUAACAUGAACUAACUGCUUGAAUGACAUUUCAGAUUUCUAGACACAAUGAAGAUCCAAGAUGCAAUGGAGGAGCUCUAGGUGUACAAACAAACACUGACUGAGCUGGCAACUGAGCCAAGCUAACUAUCAGGGGAGGUGGGAAUGGGUUAUGUGUAGAACCACAUGGAUACAUUAAAUUAAAUGUGUUGUUUUACAUCAUA